AUGGCUUCUUCUUCAAAGUUACCUAUUCAGAAGAGCUAUAAGUAUAACGUGUUCUUGAGUUUUAGAGGGGAAGACACUCGUAAGAAUUUUGUUGAUCAUCUUUAUGUUGCUCUAGAAAUUCAAGGUAUUCACACUUUUAAGGAUGAUGAGAGACUUGAGAAAGGAAAAAAGAUCAACGAUGAGCUUUUGAAAUCCAUUGAAGAAUCAAAAUUUUACAUUGUUGUGUUCUCAAAGAACUAUGCAUCUUCCUCUUGGUGCUUGGAUGAGCUUGUGAAGAUUAUGGAGUGCCAAAAGGUGAUUGAACAAAUUGCUUACCCUGUGUUCUACGAUGUGGAUCCUUCUCAAGUCCGCAAACAACUAGGACCAGUUGGAGAAGCUUUUUCCAUACAUAACAAUGAGGGGAAGGUAGAGAAGUGGAGAGAAGCUUUGAGAGAAGCAUCCAAUCUGGCUGGAUGGGAUUUGAGGAACACUGCUGAUGGGUAUGAAGCUAAAGUCAUCAAUAAAAUUGUUCAAAAGAUUUCACUCGAGUUACGAUUCAAUAAUUUGGAAGUCGACAGAAAGCUAAUAGGCAUGGAGAGACGGCUAAAGGAUAUUGUGUAA